AUGUAUCGACAAAAAGCUGAGAGAUUGAACUACGAAUUGCAGGAGACCGUAACAAGUAGAGAAGGGUAGGUCGUAAAACGUGACGAGCUAUUUUAAGACGUCAUGUGUGCACUCAUAUGAACCCUCCAUCCUUGGCAUGGCAUUCAGAUGAGCACACUUAUCAACAGAACAAAGUCUUUUCUCCAAUACUUUUACACUCUUCUGCUGCUCAGAAAGCAAAGAAAGCGAACCUCCCAAAGAAGAGCGAUGAUAGAGUAUACACAGUGGAACAACUUUUCAAGAACCACAUUCAAAUCAGAAUCAUGUGUCUCCCAACUUCAGAGGAGAUGCCUAAAAAUGUGAGCCAUUACAUGAUUGGGUCUAUCAAACUAAGGGCGGACAAAGUAUUUGUGAGCAACUGUCCCAUCUACAAUGUUUACUAUGAAGUGAGAAGACCUUCCGUCACGGUUGAGGUAAGAUUUUACCUUACCACGUAUUUGGUACUUAAAAAAUUAAUUGUGAUGUUUAGAAAAUACACAACCCAAGACUGAAGCAAGCAAGCGAUUUUUACCUGAAAAAUACUGCCAAAUGUGUAGCCGAAUUCAUGAAAGUCGAAUGGAAACAUUUGAAGAUGGUUACAGCACAAGGAAGUCAUCAAGCUGUCGAACGAGUGAUCGUGACAGGCAAAGAAUACAAGCUGAAGAGAAUUCGACCUAUCAGGUUCAUAGCUGAGACCUGUUCCGUCAACCAAACCAAACCAACAGUUAAAAUUGAGGUAAGAGACUCAGAAGACUCGGUCAUACAUUAAUUUAGAAUGUCAAACGUCUUCGACGACCUCAAAAAGACGUCAUUCAGCUGAGAAGUGUAAAUACAAGCCAAGAACCGAGGAAAAUAAAGCUGAUUCAUCAAGACGAGGAUGUUAUCGAUCAAUUCGCCUAUCUAAACCUAUCGGUUUCCACUCAUUCCACUUAUAAAUAA